AUGGAUGGGUGGAAGAAGUGUCUGGUGGCGGUGUUGGUGCUGGCACUGGUAAGCACCCAGCUGGCCCCGGUCGGUUCGAACGCAACCGAAACGCGCCCCAAGUCCGGUGGUCGGGAACGUUCCCCCGGUGCGACGGCCAUCGCGUCUCUUUCGUCCGCAUCGAUAGCGGCCGCCAUUGCCUCACGCAGUGCGGCGGGCGGCAGCAGCAAUGGUAGCAGCACCGGAAACGGAAGCAGCAGUGGAAGCGGAAGCGGUAGCCCGAAUGGCGGUGGCAACGGUGGGAAAUGUAAUAUCGCUCAGUUGCGCUGCGCCAACGGGACCUGCAUACCGUCGUCGAAAUUCUGCGACGGCAAUUUCGAUUGCCUUGAUAAGAGCGACGAGCCGAAAUCUUGUACAGCAUGCAACCGUACCCUGCACGGUGAGGCCGGAAGAACGUACGAGCUACAAAUACAGAACCCCCACGGUGUGUAUCCGUUCGUGUGCCACCUAAACUUUACGGCCACCGGCGGCCUCUACGGUGACAUUGUUCAGCUAAAUCUUGCCAAGUUUAGCAUCGGAAAGUAUGUGGAAAAUUUCCACGACCUCAAACAGCACGGUGAGUGUAUGGAAGGGUUCAUGACCAUCAGCGAACAGGGUCUGCCAAAUCUCGACGGAAGGUGGUGUGGGACGGCAUCCGGCUAUACGAUAUACUACAGCGAGACGAGAUCGGUCAACGUUACGCUGCGUCUGGACAAACUUCCCCAGGCCAGCAGUGGUAUGUCGAACGGGUUCGAGUUUCGUCUAAUCUACAAGUUUUUGCGUCACAGCGAUGCAAAGUUAAGGAACGACAACCGGAUAUGGAACGGAGAUCUCGUACCCGGCAGCUACUGCAAUCGCAACUUUUAUGACUGUGACAAAAGGACCUGCCGAAUACGAUCGCCCAACUAUCCCGGCAUUUAUCCGCGCAAUUUAACAUGUAAAUAUUAUAUUAAUCAUCGGGCGCCCCCCAGCGGCCUGCACGCGAUGAUCGUCCUACGGCAACCGGACGGGCAUAAAUUAAACAUGAAGGAGCAGGCGACACACCACGAGGCGAACAACCGGAUUUUAAGGAGUUGGGAGCAAUGUGACGAGGCGCAGGACUAUCUCAGCAUUUACGACGGUGGAACACCGGAAGCACCGACCAUCGGGAGAAUUUGCGGUGGAGACGUCCUGCCGGAUAUCGUGUCCAGUGGUCCGGAGAUGCGUGUCGAGUUCCACACGUCCCCGUUCGAUGUGCCGUUCCAUCCGAAUCCCGUCACCUUUCUGCCCGGUUUCGAGCUGGAAGUGCACGUACUGUACGUCAACUCCAACUCACAGUCGUACAUCCGGCAACCGGGACGGUGCGAGUUCAUUAUCAGCGCGUUCGAAAGCCAGACGGGCGAGCUGGAGAGUCCGCAGCACACGCUGCCACCGGAAAGCUCCUGUCUGUAUCACUUCCAGGGUCGACGGCACGAAACGGUGUGGGUGUCAUUCAUCAAGUACCAUUCCGCCAUCGAUCCGACCGGGUUCGAGUCACCGGCCGAAUGUGUGACGCAGCUGCGGAUCUGGGACGGACGAUGGUCGUCGGUGACGUCGCGCCCGUACGGCGCACCACCGGACUACCAGCGGAAUGCGAGCCUGAUCGAGCAGAUCUGUCGCGAGGAGGUGCCGAGACUUUGUUCCCGUUCGUUGGUAGCUAAGGGUAGUCGACCCUGCUCCACACAAGAAAGCUAUCUUUCCACCGGUUCCGACCUAACGAUCGAGUAUCGUCCCAGCCCGAUCGGUACGGCCCGGCUGUACGGGCCAGCGUCUGCCUUUAAGCUGAGGUACGAGUUUGUGGACAACUCGCUCGGUGGAGCACCCUUGGAACCGCUAGUCGCACCCUCGGCCAUGCCCGAACCGGCCGCACUAGUGCAGUUCCAUCCCAAGUCCUGCGAUCGCGUCUUUCGCUCUUCGUCUGCAUCGCGUGGCAUCUUCCGCUCGCCGUCCAACGUGUUCAUGUACGGACGUGGAGGUUCUCCAAACAUUUCCUGCAUCAUACGGUUUGAGGCGAGCGGCGGGGAGAGUGUUAGGUUAACGAUCACCAGAGCCCGGUUCGGUGGAAGAUCGUGUCAGAAUUUGCAAAACCGCUCUGGACGUUGGCACUGCAACCAUCAUGGCGGCCCAGUGUCCGAUUUGCGCAUCAGCGAAGUACCGUGGACGGAUGUAUCGCCGCUGCCGCGCGAUUGCCUUUGCUCGGACGUGUCCGGGUCGAUAACGCUCGCACCGUUGGCGGCCAGCAUCGUGGAGGUGAAGUUUACCACACUGCAGAUGGAGGUUGAUCAAGAUUUCCGUGACUUUUACUUCGAGGGACGGUACGAGUUUGCGCGCGACGGUUGCGAGACGGAUUGGUCCGAGCGACGGCUGCGGGGACGUAGUGGCGAUGCCUAUCUGAAGCCGACGCCUUGUCCCGCCCUGAUACAGCCCUGGUUGCUCGAGCCCGAGACGGACAGUAGCUACUUGGUGCUGAAGCUGAAAGGGUUCUGGAUGCCGCCCCUGCUACAGUCGGCACCACCCUGCCCGACAGACGCGCGCAUCACCGUGUACUCGACGAACAAUCCGAAGAACUCGCGCGAUCUGUGCCCGUCCGGGCCGGAUGUGGUCGCGUUCUCGGACGGCUGGGACCGGGCGUACGAGUUUAGCGCGAUGGAGAUUUCGAAGAGUUUGAUCAUCGAGUUCAAGAGCCCCCGGCGGCCACCGGUCGAGCUGAUCGAGUACAAGUUCUCCUGGAUGGAGAUCUUCCCGGCCCACGACUGUCCGCACCGCUGCCAGGAGCUGCAGGCCUGCAUCCCGUCCGAGCUGUGGUGCGACGGCAAGGUGCACUGCCCCUCGGGCCAGGACGAAAGCCCAACGGAGUGCGACCUUCGGUUGCCGCUGUCGCCGCUGCACGUCGGUCUGGCGGCGGCCACCCUGACGCUUGUGCUGUCACUAGCGGCCGGUUUGACGGCCUGUGCACGCCGCAAGCGGGGCGAAAAGAAGCACCUGCAGAGCGUCCAUCUCGAUGCAGCCGGACGGGGUGGUGGUUAUGGGCAGCCGCAUCCACACCACGGCGCCGGCUAUCCGCACGCUAACCAUCAUCUGACGUCCAGCCACGCGCUGACGCCGCUGUAUCUGGACCCGUCGAAGGAUAGCUUCUGUUGACAGGAGCUGGAGACUUCGGUGUAGCCAAUGCCGAAGUCGUCGCAGGACUUUUACUACUUCGCGUUCAACCAGCAGGCCACCAGCACGAGCAGCUGCUGAGUGGCCGAACGAGCGUGGUUGUUGGUAGACAAGCCCGGUGGCGUAACCCCACUAGCGAACGUAACAAGCAUGGUGAUAUUUGACACGUAGCAUAUAGCGUCGUAACGGUACCGAGGGCGAAUAUUUAAGCGCGUUACCAAUAGGAAUGGAAUUGUUUUUAGACACGUAGCGUAAUCCCCGUAGUGUUCCCCGUAUUGGCCGGUCGCGUCGAUUCGGUGGCCACAGACAGACAGACAGACAGACAGGUUGGUUUUUAAUUGUGACAAUCAGUUGAGGCAGAGACAAUUCUAACCCACAUUGCAGGGGUUCGCGCAAUGCUCACGCAGAAAGCGGCAAGGAUUUGAGUGGUAUUGUAAAUUUUGCAAAUUAUUACUAACUAAAAUGGUUGUGAUGGCCAGUGUAAGAAAAUGUGGGGUAAAAGGUGUGUACUACGUUGUUUGAAAAGGUAUUUCAAGGGGUUUAGUUUUGAAGAAUGAUUUGGUUUUUUUGUUCUCAUGCACUCGGAAGGCCUAUUAAAAGGGUUCAUUUUUGUUUCAAGGAAAUUAAUAUCGUUAACUCCUUUUUUGACAUUAAUUUUAUAGUUUUUAAACUCAAUAUAAGGAGCAGAUCGCGCCGUUUAGAAGAUUUGAAAGGAAUGGUCACACUUUUUUUUUGGUGGAGAUUGAUUAAAAUGGCAAAACAAAAUAGCGAAUCCGGAAGGCGCAGAAGCGCAUCAACAAUUAGCAGAACUCCAUUCCACUGUAAAUAGCAGCAACGGUACAGUGCAGUAGUCAACUGAGUUGAUGUGCGACACAAGCAAAGAAUGAAAAAAAAACAUCACCCCCUUCAGUACAAUCGACAAAAUGUACACGAUCGCUUUGCUAACAAAUGGUUGGCGGAGGAUAUUCUGAGCUUUGAUAUCUGUUCAAUGUACCAGUACAGUUCCCUAUCAAAACCUUCCCCAUGAGAUGACACCUUGUACAAAGAGGCAAACGUAUGCAUUUCUCAUUAUGUUUUAGCUCUUUACCGUACCGUACAUGGGCAAGCGUACGUAACGUUUCCGAUGGCAUGGAAAACAAAUCGAAUAAAUGUAACACAGAAGUAUGGCCACAUUCGUGGCUAGAAAACUAAUGAUACACACACAUACACGCAGAGUCAAACACAAAUACACACACACACACACACACACACACACACACACACACACACACACACACACACACACACACACACACACACACACACACACACACACACACACACACACACACACACACACACACACACACACACACACACACACACACACACACACACACACACACACACACACACACAUACAAAUUCAAAAUGCAAAACCUUUUCUCAAAAUCGUCAAAUGAUAAUGUGAUUCUCAGUAGAUAAGCAAAGAAGAAUGUAAAAAAAAAACCGAGCAAACUAACGCAAAAUUGCACACCACUGCAACGAUCAGAGGGUGUUUUACGGAAUGGAUUUUCCCCGUUAUGAUUGUAAAGCAACACCCCAACCCUGUUUCGCAGCUCAGCUGCAAGCGUAAGCGAUUGAUUCGAUUGUGCAGGGCGCAGUGAGAGGAUGGAUGAAACAUUUACACACACCCGAUCAAUAGCAAAGUGGAUGCUAAUCCUCUUUUAACAAAUCAAUCCACUUUUUCCUCCUUCCCCAAUAAAAAAAAAGAAAAGAAGAACCUUCCAACUGGGCCGUAAACAUUGUACAGAGUUUGAUGGCGUGUGGGAAAUAGUCGUUAAUUCUAAACCUGAACAUGUAAAGGUGCAUGGUAACACCGUGCGAUCGACUAUACCGAUCGAAUGCAACGUUACGUACAGGAGAAAACGAGCAAAACACGCAACAAAAAAACCCCUCGAGAGGUUGUGAACCUGACGCGCGGUUCCAGUGGCGGAAGAUACUCCGCGUCCAGCUUCCAGCUCGCGUAAUCUUCCUCCGGCUGUGAAACGGAUCUCUCUUCCGACGUCGAGCGUCUUAAUGGCACGGUGUGGAUACGAGUAACCCUUUACUGGUAGCAGAUAAACGAAAUUAAUUUAAGCCACCUAAUGAUGCGUAUGUGUUGCAUAGGGACACAGAAUAAACUACGGUAAUUGUUAAUAAUCAGCCCUGUCCAAUGGAGGGCAGUAAGUGGUGAAUGAUGAUCAAACGGUAGGAAGUGAUUGAGAAGGCGAUGUAAUACUACUGCAAUGGUUGACACAAAAUAAUUGAAACCAACAACAACAAAAUCCAUACACAGACAAUUUCUAGAAGAAGUGCAGAUAAUAAGACAUGCGUGGUGUUGUCCGCAAUAAGGACAAUGAAGCGAUAACAUUUUCCACACUGUUUCACACACUGCAACAAUCCCUGCAAACGAUGAUGUUGUUACAUGAUGUUCAACCCACUACCGUUCCCUGCUUUUAAAACAAAUCCCCCCCCGGUGACGAUUCGUUAGCUGGUAAGCUCCGGUACCCGUUGUGAAGUGUAGGGCAAACAAAAACCCGUUUCCUUCAACCCGUGCUAGUUCUGUAGCAUGAUGCGACGGGUGCAGAAUGAAAGAAAACUAAAAAAAAAAAUAUGAUGUAAAUAAUUAGCACUUAUGUAAAAGGAAUCGUUACCCCCCUACCUAAAGGGGGCCAGAUACGUUUCGGAUGCAGGAUGCAGAUGUCGAAAGACGCAAAAGGAAGCGAAGGAAGUACAUGUGUAAGUAAACUGCUCGAUGAGGCUGCUGCUUCAUCGGCGACGAAAUCGGUCUAGUGAUCUAAUAAAGUAACGGAUUUUCCUAA